AUGAGGCUCUCGGAGGCUAGUUUCCUCUUGCUCUACCAGAGUUGCCUGACGCUGUCCCGCAGGUCUGCCAGGAUGGCGCUGUUGGCCAAUGUGCCGGUGAUCUGUGAGGACUCGCUUCACUUCGCCGACCUCGAGAAUACAGUCGAGCUUGCGCCCUUGGAAGAGAUUCCCAGAAGAAUCCGGGAGGUUGUGAGCAACGAGGAGCUGAGGAGACACAUCGUGGAGCGGCAGAAGCAGUUCGUGGCUAAGUGGCCUCCGAGUGAGAUCCAGGCGAGGCAUCGGGCCCUCUAUGACCAACUCCGGCCGAAGCACAUGCCGGGAGAGCUGCCGCCGGACUACAUCGAGAAGGCCGCGAUGCCGGCGGAGGAGAGCGACGAGGCGAACAAGCUGCGAGACGAGAUGAACAAGUUUGUGGACAGCCCCAUCCGCAACCUGGCGGACGAGGAGGAGGAGGACAGUGAGUUCGCAAAGUUCCGCAGCGAGAAGAUCCGAGAGCACCUGAGGCGAUCCAACCUCAGAGGAGACAAGCGCAUCAAAGACGCGGCCUGA